CGACAAUUACGCAAUUGUCGUAGCGGUAUCGUCGCCUACUAGAAAAACUUGCGUCGUUGUUGUUAAUGAUAACAGUAUGCAUCACGAUCGAUUAGACGAUACUUCGAUAGUAGAAAUAUAGACGAUAGUUGAAAAUCACGACAGGUUCGACAUUCGCGCCUUAUUGCGUUAAUGUCAACGAGAUGCUUCUUCCAUCGGUUUUUCUCUCGGUGUGCUUAAAAGUCAACAAGUAUUUUGUUUUUUAAAUCUUCAAAGAUAACACCACGUGCAUAAGAAAACAAGUGCGUAAAGUGGCGUGAAGAUAUCAUUAAAAGAAGUUGUUCUUUCGAUAGAGAGAGAGAGAGAGAGAGAGAGAGAAAGAGAGAGAGAGAGAGAUAUUUUGCGAAUGUGCGAAAGGCAUAUAUAGGCAGAAGUGGUCGUCAUUUUGUAGUAAACGUGUGUUUACUUCAGACCAUGUGUGUUUACAUUUUUUGUUCUUUUUUCACCAACUAUCGAACAAGUGUCGCUCGUUGAAAUGACAAAAGGAUCAAUCAACUGUGAAACGUGUUAGCGCUAGUUGAUGUAAACUUAAACGUUCACUUCGUGCAGCCAACAAUUUUCAUCAUUAUGAGUGCAUUAUGUUGCAUCGGUUUAUCCGUAGCGUCGAGAAUUAUCGGUACUUAUACAUUGGCUCUCUCGAUACUUAUAAUAAACGUCUUUAUGAGCCACUUUUUUAUGGGAAAUCACGAACAUGAUUUCUUCGGAACUCUUGAAUCCUGGGCUCCCAUUGGCUUGAAUUGGACUCUUAUAUUCAAAUAUUUUCGAUUGGAUAGACAAUCUCAAGUCAUUGCCAUUUGUUCGUACGCUAUUCUCGUGUAUAGUAUGCUGUUUUUAAUAUCAAGCGCGUAUCUUACGUAUGGAUCGAUCACGAGGAAAUCUAAGUAUGCCGUGCCUUGGUUAUAUAUGCAAAUGGUUAGCAUAAUAGAUCAGUCGACGGCGCUGGGUAUUCAAUUGAUGCACGAACGGUACGAUGUUUUCGAUAAAUCGACGUGGUACAUUCCACUCUGUUGCACUUAUUUACUACUCAAUGCAUAUUUCUGGAUGGUCGUGCAAAGUGCACGCAGAGAAUGGUCGAAAAACAGAGAAAAUCAACAAAUCUCACAAAUAUCUGGAAACCUUACCAAUGAAGUUACAACUAAAUCACCUUCCUACGUAUCGUUGAGCUUCAUGACAAAUCAAUCGUCUUAUCAACCAUCGAACACUUUACCCUUUUACGAUACCUCGAACAGGGCGAAAUGAAACGAACAGAAGGCUAUAUUAUUCAUCGUAUCGAGUCGCCCAACAGGAACGAAGUUACUUCGGCUUGGGCGAUAUAUCUGUGAAAAAUUAAAAUUGACUGUGUUUACGUUUUACGAUAGAAUAAUUUUACAUUACGAAGAAGGACAAGAAGGAAAGUUCCUCUUUUAAAAAGUUCUUCGUUUUUAUAUACGGCGCUCGAAAUUUGGCGAGUUUCUAAUCGAACGGAUCAAUAUGUAUUUAUUUGUAUAAAUCUCAUUUUUUUUCUUUUCUUCAUUACUCGUUGAUAAAGUUAAUGAAAGAAAUCGACGAUCCAUUAUUACUUUCGUUUAAUUCGAUGUGUUUCGAAAUGAGAAAUCUUUGUCGAUAAGCGAACUAGCAAACAACCGACGUUCCAUUUCUCUCUUUUCCCUUGCAUUUACGAUAGUUUUCGUAGAAUUUUCUAAAGUUAAGACCGCGUAAUAACCAUUGAUAUUUUUCUUUUCGGUCAAUGGAACGCUCGUAUUCUUUCCCUCUCUUUCUUUCUUUCUUUUUCGUCUUCUUUUACGUAAAAUAGAUCUCCUUCUGAAAAUAAAAAAGAAAAAUGUAUAGUAAUGCGGGUAGAACGAUAAAUCAGUUGAGAGAUGCGACUAAUAGAGUGUAUCAAGCGGAGCGGUCCCUCGACCCUAAAAGAGAGAGAGAAAGAGGGAGAGAACGUUGCUGUGCAUAGAGAAAUAUGAAAAAUGGAUCUCGCUUUACGUCGAAAUACUUUUAAACUUAGGCGAUUGAAAUCUCACGCAAGCAUAUUCGAAGUCAUAGUAAGGGAACUGAUGGCUACACGUGUGUAUCUCGUAUAUCGAACGAGCAAAACUCUUGUCAACUUUUCGUUAUAUACUUAGGAAUAAUGAUCGAGAUGGCAAUGGUCGACGGAGGAAGGUUUUUACUUCGAUUUAUGUCGAAUGCUUUCGUUGCUUUGCUAUUUUGAUCGUUCGAUCGUCGUAGAUAUAUCGAAAUGGAAAUUAUUAUCAUUGAUGUUUGCGUCUAUACGAAUCGAAGGAAAGUGAUUUUGAAAUUUUUACAAGGGAAAGGGUCAACGCAGUAUCGUAGAUACAUAAGUAUUUAUAUACGUAUGAGAAGGGUAUAGGUACGCGUUCUGAUUGGUCGACCGCAGUACCGCUUUUAAAAAGAACUGAGCGAGUCAAUUUGUAGACUGUCGCAAAGUUUUAAAACACUAGUUGACAGGCGACGGUUCAGGACCCUUAUGUACUAUUCCCCCUUCUAUAAGAGACUCCUGAAGGAUUCCACCACCAUCUCUUUCCUCUUAUCCUUUUUCGUUCGGUCUCGAAGCCACGAUACUCAGCCCUCCGUGUCGUGGGAAUCGAUGGAUUGUAAAAUAAAACUAACUUGGCUUUUUCGUGGAUCGAAAGCGGAGUACUCGGCGAAAUCUCAUUCUCGCGGGACUCUUUUAUUUCCAUAUACCCCUUUUCAGGCACGACCGCAGGGAGUGUCUUACGCGAUAACAAUAGAUACGCCUUUAUGUUUUGUAAAAUUGUUAUGUAAAAAUCCAAUAGAAUAGAUUCUGACUUUUCAUUGAUUUUAAACAUAAAAGUAUUUAAUAUUAAAUUGACAUUAUUUUAACAAUUUUCAAUCGAUUUAAAGUCAACAAUUUUAACCGACACUUCCUGCAGUGGUACAUAAACUGUAUGUAACAUUUUGUUAUAUUUGAUCGAGUCGAUAUAUUGUUACAAUUAAAAAAGUUUACACAUACUCAUACAUUUAAAAAAACGUCGAACUUUCCUUUGAAUCGAUUAAAAUCGAUUAACGGUGGGAUCAAUCGUAGCUUUGCCCUGGUUUACUCGUGAAAAAGUGUAUAGAUUCGUUAUUAAAUAUUCCUAGAAAAUGCAUCACAGCUAUCUCAUAAUUUUUACAUACAUUUCUACAUCUCGGACAUGUAAAAGUAUAUGUAUAAUAUUUUAUAAUUACUACUAUGUUACGUUUAUUACCAUCAAAAUAUAUAUACAUAUAUAUAUGUGUAUAUAUAUAUGUACUUAUAUGUAUAACAGUAACAAUGUGUAUAUGUUAUAUUUAUUUAAUAUAAUUGUUCUUAUAACAAUAUAUAUUAUUAUAAUAACAAUUAUAUAUGUAUAUAUAUAUAUAUUGUUAGUGUUACAUUUACUAUAACUCUUAAAAUAAACAUACUAAAACGUAACAUAAGUAUCCUAACAUACAUUGUUCAUUACAAAUAUAUUCUUACGAAUUAUCAUAAAAUAGAAAUAAGAAAUAUAGAAAAAAAUAAACAUCCAAGCGCGCGAAUAAACUAUACUAAUCUGCAAGAUAGUGUAUAAUAGAUAUUAAAUUGUUCUGAUUGUAAAAAACAAAACACGUUAUAUCUUAUUUACAUGCUCUUUUCUCAAAGUCGGAUGAUUAAUAUAUGACUUCUCGACUAAUAUCACAAAUAAUUUAAUUAAUGAUAAAACUUUCUCAAUUAAUUAUUAAUAUGAUCGCGUUAAGAAAAGAAGACUCUGAUCUGAAUUAAUAUAAAUAGAUAAACGAUAAAAAACAUUCAUAAUGAAAGAUUUACCACCCGCAAGUAAAUCCAAAAGAGAAUUGCUCGCGUUCAUGUUCUUUAAUAAUUUUCUAAAAACAAAAUUACAAACAUUAAUUUUUGCCAA